AAUUUCAACACUAGUUUGUGUUCAACAAUAUAGACGAAAUGCAGUUAGAAUAACAAUCAGAGGACAAAUUUCGGCCGAAAAUUUGUGAAAUAAAACUAAGAAUGUAGUGAAAUGAAAAGCGGUUCGUAAAUAUAUAAAAAGUGAAUGGUUCGCACUUCAUCAAAGAACGACGAGUCUUAACUUUACAACGAAAAAAAAGUAUUUAAUUACAGAUGAAAAAAACGCAAGAAGAAAAUCAGCAAAGUGCGUUUUUAUCUGUACCUGCUGCAAUUGGUCAAAUUAGGUGGAGUGAAUAAAGUAAAAUAGAAUACAAACCAGAGUGCGUGCCAGUGUUGCAUAUUUAGUACAAAGAGAGUACUAUCCUUCCGAAUGCAACCCUAAGAUAGGCAAAGUGAAAACAAAGCACGGAAAGUUUAUUGUAUGUCGUACUUCGCUUACUUCACUACAAUUCUACGUCGUUGCAGUGAAAAUUUUUGAUUCCUUCAUAUCCUGGGAGUUAUGCUAAAGUAUAUUAAAAAAUCACCUAUUAAAAACAGGUGAAUGUGAAUUCAUCUUGAAAACAUAGUAAUAAAAACAUUAAUAUGUAAAAUUUACCGUGCUGAAAAAUUAGAGGCAUAAAAAACAAUUGAAAACUUUUUCUGAUCAAGGAGAACCGCAUAUGCGGUAAAGACCAUGAUUCCAUCUCGCUUGUGUAAACGUUAAAUUUGGUCCACGUAUCUCGCGUAGAAUCGUAUCUGAUAAGCGAGCAUAAGUGCGACUGUGAAAGUGUGAUAUGCGAAUUGAUAAUAAGUAAAAAGUGAGAAGAGAGAAGAGAGAGGAACGCAGUUGGAAGACGAAGGCGCCAAAACCAAAUAAAAGUGUACACAAAAUGAACAUAACAAAAAUAAACCAGCAAAAUAAUCGUAAGAAGUUAUUUUACAUAACAUAGUAGAGAUAUUAGUGUAUAGAAUAUGAUUAUAGAUUUCAAAGUUACUUUUUCAUAUCCGAUGCAUCAAUUCCCUACUGCUAUCUUUCCUUUCACAAAUGGAAUAACUGGAAAAUAGUCGAAAAUAUGUAAUUGUUACGAAUGUGGUGAUGUAAACAGUGAAUAAAUAAGAAACAAUACUACAGCAACAUAAUAAAGUAGCCCCGAAAAGCAAAACAUAAGCAGAUAAAAUAUUUCUCUUUGAGAUCUUAUAAAAGUGCAUAAAAUGGAAGUAGAAAAUAGGCCCGUGGAACAGCCUAAAUGUAGUGGCGAUGCAGGAAUGUCCAAUCUAUCUGCAUCAUCCACUGGUAUUCCGGAAAUUGAAUCAGUCGAAAACAGCAAUAAAUAUCAAAAUAGUAAAUCCACAAAUAAUAAGUUUGAAUUGACCGCCGAAAAUGCGAAAAAAAUACAAAAUAAUCCAGCUACCGUAUCCAAUGCGAAUAAUACCGAUAAAAGUGGAAACACAUUAGAUGCUUCCCUGAAUCCAGAAGUAGCGUUAUCUAAAGUUGUAAAUGCUUGUGCUACUACUGAGACUAUUAGUGAAAAUGAUAAAAGCUCCACAUCAACUAAUAAAUUAGACGGAACGCAGCUAUCAUCUACUAUAAAGAAAGCACUUGUAGAUGAUAACGAUGGUACUACUACUAUAGAGUCGAAUGCAGAAAACAAUUCUAAAGAUAAUAAUUCGUCACUACCUUUAGAUGAUUCACAGGAUGACGAUGAAGAUGAUGAGAGCCAGAAAGAAGUAGCGUCCACUGCUGAUGAUGAUAUUGAUAAUAGUCUUUCACCUUCAACACAGUCUCAAACACCGCCGCCUAAACUACAAGUAACAGCAAAGGCUACAAAUGCGUCGGUCGUUGCGGCGAUGGGUGUUGCAGCAUCAAUUGUUGUGGCUGAUGCGGGUAUUAGCGCUGCCAUCCCAGACACAAUUCUCUCACCACCCAAGUCAGAAACACAAACGGAUGACGCUAAUACGGCAACUUCGUCCUCAUCCCCAGCAUCGGACUCCCAACUUUCUCCGAUGACUGCAUCUGUCUCGGCAACGGCGCUAACACCCACGAAACAACCAGAAGCGUCUGAUAUUGCCACCACUGUUGACACUGGUAAAUUAAAUAUCGCUAGAUCAAAGUCAUCAAAAAUAGCCACUAAGAGAGUUGCUUCGUCUAAAUUGCCUAGUGACGAUGGCGGUAGUAGCGUUGGUGGUAAACGCGUUGUACAACCCAUUAAUGUGGUCGCCAACGGAACUAUACCCAAAUCUAGUGGGAAACCACAGAUGUCAGCCAUGAAUAAAAAAUUGAAAGAGAAAACUACACGCGCUCCAAGACAGCGCAAGCAAAAAUCAACCGUGCCGAUAUAUGAAAGCGAGAUAAGCGACAAUAAAACAGGUAUUAAAUUAUGCAUAAAGAAAUCAGAUUCGUCAGGCAAUUUGGCUGCCUCUACAGGUGCCUUAACGCCGCCCGUGACUGGAAAGUCAACAUCAACGCCUGCAACAAUUAAUGCACCGAAGCAGACGAGAAAACGCUCACGUAAAUCGAAAUCGAAGGCGAAGGUUGAUAGCGAUGAAAGUGAAUUUGAGUUGACAUCGGUUAAGCGAGGAAAGAAUAGGGCCGGCAAUUCAGAGCGUCAAAAGAAAGUAUCAUUUACUGGCAUCGAGGAACAAGGUGAAAAACACCGCGCGACUAUCGAACAAGGCGACUGGGGUGCCCGUAUACCACCGGAACUACUUUUUAAGAUUUUCGAAAUUCUAAUAGACCGAGAGGGUUGUUUACCAACACUUUGUCGUCUUGCACGCGUUUGCACAUUAUGGCGGAACGUUUCGUUAACACCAUCAUUGUGGAAAAGUAUGGAUUUAUCCACAUGGAUAAAGGACAAGUAUCGUACCGAGCUGAAGCUGAAAUGGUUCGUAGACAAUCGCUGCAGCGAAUGUACAGAAUUGAAUGUUGCUAAUUGGAAAAUGUCAGAUAUAAACUGUUUUUUAAACAAAUUGGCGGUUGGAUGCCCGAAUUUAAUAAGCAUUACUUUGUCUGGUUGGAAAGGUUUCACUUCGGGUCAAUUGGCUUAUCUAACGGAAAAUAUGCAAAAACUGCAGCGGUUAGAUUUAAGCUCCAUCAACGUGGAAAUGAAUGCGAGUAAGAGCGCAGUUGGCCCACAAUCUCUUUGUAUUGCAUUACGAACAAUGAAUAGUCGCUUAACGCAUCUAUAUUUGGCACAUAAUCGAUUGGCAGGAAUCCCCCAGAUAGUCUCAACAUUGGCUACACAUUGCCCCAACUUGGUGAACUUAGAUCUCUCCAAUGUUAACACCCAAGCGACUUCACACGGAAUUUUUCAUAUUGAGAAGCUCCAGCACGGUUGUCCCAAAUUAAAAGUGUUACGCGUCACCAAUUCACAUAUAACAUGGAGUAAUGCAACUUUACAGGAAACGAUGGAUUCACCUGGCUUCCCCGAACUUGAGGAACUUUCCGUAGCAGCUUUAACUGAUGAAUGCCGUGUCUUCGGCGAUGACCACUUGCAGCGCAUAUUGAAAACUAGCUCCAAACUGAAACUCUUGGAUGUACGCGGUUGCGCACGCCUCACACACGAAAGUCUCAUACGUCUACCUGCGUGGGAUAUCAAGCAUUUAUUUUUGUCUUUCUGCUCAGUGACGCGCGAUGUUGGUUCUGGCCUCGAACUUAUCGCUUCGAAAUGGGCACACAGUCUCAUAGAAUUAGACUUAGCUUGGGCGAAUGUGCAACAGCCGUUAGAUAACGCAUUACGUGCAUUGGCGGAAAAGGGUAGUGAAUCCCCUUUAGCGCAUUUGAAUCUCUGUGGUUCAUCGGUUUCAGAUGAGGCAGUUAAGGAAAUCCUUGCAAAUUGUGCGCACAUGAGUUCAAUAAAUUUGUCUUCAUGUCGUGGUCUGCCGCGUGGCGUCAAACGUCUCAUGCAAGGUCAACAAGAAUUGCAAGAGUUGCGUGAAGUGCUCAAGGUGCAAAUGAAAGUUAAGUUACCAGCUCAAAUAAAGCUAGAGCAAGAAGAAGAGGAGCGACGGCAGCGUGCGCAACAAUGUGGUGCUUCUGCUGAUGGUGAUAAUGGUGGUGGUGUUGGUGGUGAAGGUGAUGGCGGUGGUGGAAAUAUUUAAUCCAAUUGAUAUUAAGACGAUUAAUUUUUAUUGGUACGAGUAAAACAAAAAAGCUCACAAAACAAACAAAAAAA